AUGUUCCGCCGGGUGGGUCGUGUGGUGGCGCAAACACGGACGGCGCUGUGGAGGGCAACAUGGAUGCGGCAUGCGACGGGCGCGGUGAGUAGAGCGGCUGGCGAGGUCUCGGCGGGCAGUGCGUCCGAUGGGCUGGCGGCGUCGGUGGACGAGGGCGGGGCGGUGGCACUGGGCGAAGUGCGGAACUUUGCCAUUCUGGCGCACAUUGAUCACGGCAAGUCGACGCUGGCAGACCGGAUCAUUGACGCGUGUGGCGGCGAAGAGGGUCGGCGGCGCGGCGGGCGGGAGCAAGCGCUGGACACGCUCGAGGUGGAGCAGGAGCGCGGGAUCACGGUCAAAGCCAACUCGGCGACGUUGCGGUAUGGUGGCAAGGUGCUGAAUCUCAUCGACACGCCCGGCCACGCCGACUUUGGCCUUGAAGUUGCGCGCUCGCUGGCGGCCGUGGACGGCGUCCUGCUGCUUGUCGACGCGGCGCAGGGCGUGCAGGCUCAGACGCUUGCUGUGGCCCGGCUCGCAGCUGCUGCCCGCCUUGCCAUUGUUCCAGUCCUCAACAAGAUCGACUUGCCGGCGGCCGACAUCGACGGCACUCUCGAGGCGCUCGAAGCCACGCUCGGCAUCGACCCCGAGUCGCCAGACAUUUGUCUGGUGUCGGCCAAGACCGGCGAGGGCGUGCCGGAGCUGCUCGACGUUCUGGUCCGUGCUAUCCCGCCGCCAUCUCCGCUCCCGCUCCCGCCGCACCUGGCUGAUCUUCCGCUCGCGGUCGCCUUUGACUCGCGUUACGACACAUUCCGUGGCAUUGUGGCGUCGGUGGCGGUCAUGGCCGGCGAGCUCUCGGCCGGGACAGCGCUUGCGCCGCUCGCGCUCGGCUCUGCUGCUGGGCGCAAGCCGUUCAAGCUUACACUCGGCGAGGUUGGCACCCUCCAUCCGCACGAGCAGCCAUGUCCAGUGCUCGGGGCCGGGCGGGCCGGCUUUGCCGCCACUGGCGUCAAGGACGCCGGUGUUCAGGUUGCUGGCACGCUGCUUGCGCCGCCGGAGCACCGGCUUGCGCUUGGCAUCGGUGGCGAACCGAUGGUCUUUGCUGGCCUGUAUCCGGGCGAGCCGGAUGAGUACGAGGACCUGGCGUCGGCGCUGGCACGGCUCGCGCUCAACGAUCCGGCGGUCUCUGUGGCCAAAACAGCCACAGCCGCACUCGGCUCGGGCUUUCGGCUCGGCUUCCUCGGCCUCCUCCACGCCGACGUCUUUCGGCAGCGGCUCGAGUCCGAGCACGGAGCCGACGUUAUCCUCACGGCGCCGUCGGUGCCGUACCGGGUGGUUCUUGCUGGCGGCGAGGAGGUGCUUGUCGAGACUGGUGCAGCGUGGCCGGCAUCCGAGGGCAAGAUCGUGGGCACGUACGAGCCGCGGGUGACGGGAACCAUUCUUGUCCCGGCCGACCGGCUCUCGGGCGUGAUGGACCUUGUCCUCCGCCGGCGCGGUGAGGUGACCGAGACCGCUACCGUCGGUGGCGACGCGCUCGAGGUCGCUGUCGCCCUCCCGCUCGCUUCGGUCGUCACGGACUUUGUGGACGAGCUCAAGUCGCGGACCGGCGGCUACGCGUCGUUCCAGUACCAGGCCGCAGGCUACGCCAAGGCACCGCUCGGGCUGGUGACGGUCAUGCUCAACGGCGAGCCGGUUGAGGCACUUUCGUUUGUGGCCCAUCGCGACGAGGCGCGCGCCAUGGGCGUCAAGUACGUCUCCAAGCUCAAGGAGGCCAUGUCGCGGACGCUGUUUGAGAUCAAGAUCCAGGCUUCGUUCAACGGCCGUAUCGUCGCUCGCGAGACCAUCAAGGCCUUCCGCAAGGACACCAUCGGUCACCUGUACGGCGGCGAUCGGACGCGCAAGGACAAGCUGCUCAAGAAGCAGAAGCGCGGCAAGGCCCGGAUGCGCGCCAUGGGCAAGGUCAACCUACCCAAGGACACGUACAAGGCCAUUCUCUCCACCAAACUGUGA